GUUUACACAGCUGUGCUGUACAACAAAGGAGUCAUGAAAAAUAAUACUCGUAAGCCUUUGAAAAAGUCAGCAUCAUGCGUUUCAAUUGACGUAACACGAUUUUUUAACAAAAUAAACAAAAUAUUUUUGUGUUACGGUGUACCAAUUAUAUGGAUACAUCACUUUAAUUUGUCGAAAAUAAUGACCAAUCUGUGUGACCUAUAUAGAAUUAUAAGCAACAUUGUAAUCUUAAUGUUUGUUGCAAUGGAAUGGGGUGCGUUUUUUACACAAAAUAAUUUGACGGAUAAACAAAGAAUAGACAGAUUAAUAUUCAAUUUCACCCACCCCUACCUGCUUACAUAUAUCCUGAAUAUCGAAUGUUAUAAAGAAAAGAGUAAACUGCUUCUUUAUACAAUGAUGGUUACAUUGAAAAAAGUAUACAAUGACGUGGAAGUUGAGAAGAAACUGAUAAAAAAGUGUUCUUUCUUCUCUACAUCGUUUUUUAUUGCCGUAGCAGUAUCAGCUUUGUUUUUUGGCAUCGAUGCGUAUUGGCAAGUGAUUACGACAGGUUCAACAUUCAUCAAGCCAUUGACAGCGUGGCCGGAUCUUGAGGACAGAUCCACAGUAGCUAAUAUGGUCAGAAUUAUCAACUAUAUGAUUCUGUUUAUGUUACUGACCAGGGUGUCAGGGGUGUAUGUGACGGUUGUGCUGUUCCUUGUCUGCCUCAGCCAUCAGUAUACUAAUCUUAAUAGAUACUUCUUUAAUCUUAGAAAUAUAUUUGGCGAGAAUUUGAGUCAAAUGGAAAAAGAAAAGAAAUAUGAGGAAGCUUUAACAAUUGGCAUCGAACUGCAUUCACAGACCAUGUGGUGUACAAGGCAAUGCGAGUCGAUUUUCAAUGCUAUUUUCAGUUUUCAAAUAAUAUUAAAUGUGAUGCUGAUUGUUUUGCUAAUGUUGCAAAUGAUGAGUCCAGGCAGUAGUUUGGUGACGGCUAUCCCCCUCGUGUCGACCGGAGUCUCCCUGAUGUACGGCACAGGAUUUUUCAUGUGGAACGCGGGAGACAUUACUGUCGAGGCGUCCCAGGUGGCGACGGCCCUGUACUGCUCGGGCUGGGAGAACUGUCAUAUAUCCACGCUGCGCAUACGGCACCUGUUGCUCAUGACUAUCAGGCAGGCGCAGAAACCGGAGAUUAUAAAGGCUUUUGGUUUAAUACCGUUGUCGUAUGAAUCAUAUGUGUCGAUCGUCAAAGCACCGUACACAAUAUUUUCAGUGAUACAUUAAGGAGUCAACAUUGAUCUUUAAUUAUUAUUAUAAAUAUUUAAAAUACUUUUAAAUUAGAUAUUAGAUUAUAUUAU